AAUGGAUUAAGAGGGACCGACUGCUCUGUUCAGAUUCCAGCGUUACGGAACUGGUUUCUUAUAUUAGUUUGAUCUAGUUUUACACGAAAGUCAAGGUAAGCAGAAUGAGCCUGACAGCAGUGAACGAUGAGAACUUGGGAGUUGAUCCUUCGAGUAACUGCGUCAGUUCAGAGACGUGCAACUUCCUUUGCCUGUCGCAACAACCCACAGGGAGACCUUCUAUCCUGCGCCCGUCCCAAAAAGAGAACAUGCCUCUCAAAAGUCUGAAGGAUGUGAAGGUAUGCUUUCAGACACCGAUGCGGGAUCCUGUCACUCGCAAGAUUAUUUCUUCCGCUAGCAAGCUGGAGAGCAACUUCUCAUUGGAUGAUUGCACAAAGGCUUUAGAAAAGUUAUCUUUGGAAACAAACCAAGCUAAGACUGCUGAUACUUCUGCACACAUUGAAAAUAAGAACAAUCAAGAUAGCGAGUGCAAAGCAGAUGCAAAUUGUAUCAACACAGCAAGUGAGGUGCCUUGCCCAGACGAACUACCUGUUCAAAGCAAAGGAGCAUACACAAUUGACUUUGACCACCUUGAUUCCAUCAACCCCUUUAAGAGUGGUGGUGGUCAAAUGGGGAUUUCCACUCCUAAAGUAGGAAAUUCGCCAGUUAAGGUGUCAAAGACCCCAGAACAGAAAAAAUCCCUGGUCAAAGUGACAAGCCCAGAGAAUAUAACUCAAGGUGAAUUAUCAUUGGAAGAUACACUUCCUGUUACCCCAAGGCUGGAUAAUUCAAUUCCUGAAAUAAAACCACAAAAAUUGGUAGAAACUACAAAUGACACUUCUAGCCCUGUUUCUGUCAAAACGGAUGCUUCAAGCACUGAUUUGUCUUGUGAUGUACCUGGUGAGGGUGCAGAGACGGUAGUUUCCAAAGCAAGUUACAAUCUGGAUUUGGACAAUCUGGAUAGGAUUAACCCCUUUUCAUCUUCAAAUGUUAACUCCCCACAACCGCCUAUAGGAUCUUACAACUUUGACAUUGAUGUUGAUUCCAUUGAUCCUUUCAAGUGCGGUGGUUCAAAGCUCCAGAACUCGCCCAUUGGUGGUGGUUCCAAGCCACCCAUUGAAAGCUCUUCACUAAUGGAAGAUGUCCCCAAAAAGCUGGAGUACAGCAAGCCUCUUGAAGCCUCCAAUUGCCUUCUGAAGAAAGAUGAACUUGUUAAUCUAGAGUACAGCAGGCCCAUGACUGAAACCUCUCUGCCAGUAACAGAUGAACCUGUAAACGAAACUAGCAAGCCUCCCACAGAAACUUCUUCCCCAGUGAAAGAUCAACCUAUGAAGUUGGAAUUUAAUUUUGAUGAUGGCAAGGCUAAGAAGAAACCACCCAAAAAUCUUGGAAAGAGACCCCCUGGAAGCAAACUGUCUGCCAAGAAACCGGUGGCAUCCACUGAAAUAGGAGAACCUCCCAAAAUGCAGGAAGUUCGGGAUAAACCAGCUGAUGACAAUAUUCCCUUUCCAAAAGCAUAUCAUAAUUUUGAAUUAGACAUGUUAGAUGACCCCAAUUUGAACCCCUUUCGGACUGAUGCGAAAGUAAACAGUUCUCCAAAACUAGAGGCAGUUGAAAAGGUAGAGGAUGCAUCCCCGGUUUCAGAGCUACCAAAGCUUGAAUGUCAUGAAAAACCAAUUAAAGAUGAAUCUUCUGCGGUGCCAACGUCUACCAAAGUACCUACCUUGACAGAGAAUGCAACACCUGCAGCUGAGGAAUUGGUGCCAGAACCGCCAAGCAAUAGUCAUGCCAUUAAAGAGGACACACUUCCAUUAGAUCAUGAGAAUCUGACCGCGGAGAUGCCGACGAUGCGAAGAAGUGUAACAGAAUCAUUUAUGGACUGCACUGCGUCUAACCAUGGCAUUGCAACAGAUGAAUCAUUCAGGCCAGGAACGGACUUUCUAGCUUCGGGUUUCGAUGAGCCAGUUGAUUACCUGGAACAGUUUGGAUCAUCCAUGUUAAAAGAAUCUGUGCUGAGAAAGCAAUCCCUGUACUUGAAGUUUGACCCAUUGCUGAAAGAAAGCCCAAAGAAAUCUCUGCCCACAGUGUGCAAUGGCAUACCACUCCCGUGUUCAGUCCUUUCCAGGUUUGAUGAAGUGUGGGAUUUGCCAGCUGGAGUUGAAAACAAAGUGCAGAGUGAGCAAAAGCCUAAGGAACUGAAUAUUUUCGAAACGUCCCCAGUGGAUGGGACGGCUCCUCUGGUGUGUGUUGUGCCUAGUGCCAUAAACUCUCUUGUCCCUGACUCUUCACUCCCCACUGGUAAUGCAGAAGAUCCUAUCAUUGAAGUCUUAAAAUACAGUCAAAAAGACAUGGAUGCUGCCAUUGAGGAAGUCAGACGAGAGGUUCAAGAAAAACAGAAAGUAAUUGAUGAGUGGCAGGACAAGUAUAACAAGCUGCGGGCGGAUUAUGUGAUAAUGGAAACAAUUGUUGCAGAGUUUGAAUCAACAAUAGCCCAAAUUGUAGAUGAUGAUCAGAAGCAGAAAGAGGCAGCUAUAGCUGAAAUCCAGAAAGUCAAUGAGGAGAAGCAGCAGGUUCUCCUUGACUUGAGUUCAAUGGAGAAAUCUUUUUCAGACCUCUUUAAAAGGUUUGAUAAACAGAAAGAAGUAAUAGAAGGUUACAGAAAGAAUGAAGAAACUUUAAAAAGAUGUGCUCAAGAGUAUCUGUCUAGAAUUAAAAAAGAGGAACAGAGGUACCAGACACUGAAGGCUCAUGCCGAAGAGAAAAUAAGCCUUGCCAAUGAGGAAAUUGCCCAGGUUAGAACCAAGUCUAAGGCAGAAACUGCAGCACUGCAGGCAACUUUACGUCGGGAACAGAUGAAAAUCCAGUCGCUGGACAGAAGUCUUGAACAAAAGGCAAAAGAGAAUGAAGAAUUAACAAAACUCUGCGAUGAACUCAUAAUGAAUGUGCAAAAAGGUGGAGCACGCCAAUGACCUGUACAUUAUCUUUCUGAUCUCCUCUCGUUCUUUCAUUUGUUUGUCAUUUUAUUUAUGUAAAUAAAAGCUCUGCUAUUAAAAAAUAAAGCCCCCCCCCCCUGCAAAAUGACCACUUUGUGUG